AUGAAGAAAGCUAUAAUAGCCUCGUAUUAUCACUUAUGCUCCACCAAAGAAAAUCCAAGGCACGAAUACUGCCUGGUAGGAAAUGACAGCUGGUGCAAGUGGCAGAAAGCUCUAGCCACAGGAGCAAAUUUGGACCUUAUAGAACAUCCUGCACCACUACAUCCAGACGUGCAGAAGCACAUCCUACCAAUUUACGAAGAUUUAUCUGAAAAGAAUCUAUUUGAGAGGUGCUUGGGCGGACACACUCAGAACAAUAACGAGAGUUUCAACUUAACUGUUUGGCGCUUCGCUCCAAAGCACCUGCACUUGGGAAUAAAAAUUAUUGAAAUUGCAGCAUAUUUGGCAGCUGGCUUAUUUAACGAAGGAUAUGCUUCAGUUUUAAGAACUAUGAGUGCUUUGAAUAUUGUAAUUGGAAAACAAGCAAAAACAUACGCCGACAAAAUCGACGAACAGAGAAUAAUUCGACAGGAGCGACGCACAUUAUUAACUACCAAAGAGGCUCGAAAAGCAAGAAGAGAACAACGUAUGGAGGAAAAUCAGCUCUAUGAGGAAACAGAAGGAAUAUUGUAUGGCGCAGGAAUCGCAGACUAG